AUGGAUGCCAUCAACAGUAAGCCAGUCUUUCAAUCUGAAGACGAAAAGUUCCAGUACCUGGCCGACCAAAUCAGUGCCGUUAUACAGCAAGAACAACAACAGGCACACCAACAACAACAAUAUCAACAACAACUUAGCGGCCUCUCGGUAGAUCCAUACACUUAUUGGGCCCAGUACUACCAAUAUGAGCUGUCAAUUCAGUACAGCAAUCAGAUGUAUUGUAAUGACCAAUCGUACUACACUGCCCAGCCUACUCCUUCAACGACCCCUAGUUACAGUACUUGUUCUCCAUCCGCGCUUAAACAAGCUAAUACUAGCCUUCCAUCCGACCGGUUGUCGCCUCUUACAGACUAUUCUUCGAGGGAAAGUGGUACACCAGAUUCAGUACAAAGCCGGUCUGGACGACAGCAUCCAUUGAUGCCUCACACAAAUGUGGACGCCGUUCCGUUCCAUCCAAAUAUCUUUUUAGGUGAAUGCGAACGGUGGAAUCUGCAUGUGAAGGCAAGAAGUUCCGAGGAUGUGGCAACAUUUGGCUUUAGUUAA